CUUUCCUGAAAAACCUGCAUGGAAACACAGAAUUUAACAGUGUUAAGUGAAUUCAUUCUCACAGGGAUCACAGACCGCCCUGAGCUGCAGGCUCCAUUAUUUGGGCUCUUCUUCCUCAUCUACGUGAUCUCAGUGGUGGGCAACUUGGGCAUGAUCAUCCUCACCAAGGUGGACUCGGGACUCCAGACACCCAUGUACUUCUUUCUCAGACACCUGGCUUUCACUGAUCUUGGUUAUUCAACAACUGUAGGACCUAAAAUGUUAGCAAAUUUUGUUGUGGAUCAAAAUACAAUCUCCUAUUGUUUCUGUGCUAUCCAACUGGCUUUCUUUCUUGUGUUCAUCGUUAGUGAAAUUUUUAUUCUAUCUGCAAUGUCCUAUGACCGCUAUGUGGCCAUCUGUAACCCUCUGCUCUACCCAGUCAUCAUGUCACAAAGGAUAUGUCAGCUGCUGGUGGCUAUUCCCUAUCUCUACAGCACAUUUGUUGCUCUUCUAAUCACCAUCAAGAUUUUUAAUUUAUCUUUCUGUGGCUACAAUGUUGUCCAUCAUUUCUACUGUGACAGUCUCCCCUUGUUAUCUUUGCUCUGCUCAAAUACGCAUGAAAUUGAAAUGAUUAUUCUGAUUUUAGCAGGUUUUGAUUUGAUUUCAUCCCUUCUGAUAGUUCUUGUGUCUUACUUCCUCAUUCUUGUAUCCAUUCUCAGGAUGAACUCUGCUGAGGGUCGGCACAAGGCUUUUUCUACCUGUGGAUCCCACCUGACUGUAGUCGUUGUAUUUUAUGGGACUUUGAUAUUUAUGUAUGUGCAACCCGAGUCCAGUCAUUCCUUUGACAGUGAUAAAGUGGCUUCCAUAGUUUAUACCCUUGUGAUCCCCAUGUUGAAUCCCUUGAUCUACAGCUUGAGGAACAAAGAUGUAAAAUGCGCACUACAAAGGGUAUGGAAAAAGCUAUGUAACACUUUUUCUUAAGGUUUACAUACAGUAUGAUUCCUAUAAACUAGGACCUAGAUUAUGGACUUUAAAUUUUGCUGUAUGUACCUCCUAAAGAGAGAGCAAGCACAAAUGAGUUCAAGAUACAUUUAUCGAUUUUCUUACAGAUGCUAGGCACAUCUAAUUCCUGUAAAUAGAUUAAUGAACAAAAUAGUAAAAAAAAAAAACUUUUCUUCAGUAUACAUUAUAUACUUAAAUUACAUAAGUGUUAUAGUAUAGCAGAAUGUGUUAGGUGGAUAUAGAAAAAAACUGUCAAGGAUUCUGAUGUUUCUUUAUCUAUUAGAAUAAAAUCACAGCAUAAAUAUGUGUGAGUAUGUGUGCCUUUUUCUUUCCUUUGGUUUUAGCUUUCAUACCCUUCUCCGGUAUGUUGCAGAAUUGUACUUACUAAUGGUUAUGUCUGUGAUAUCUGAUGAUUUGAAGUUCUCAGUCAUAUUACUUUGCUCAAAUACCCCUUCCAAACGUUGGGAUCCCACUUUUUCCAUAUUUGAGUCCAUUAACUGA